AUGGACGCGGUCCUUGCGCUGUGCCUCAACGACUGCUUCCACUGCGGGGUGUCAGAUCACGGCGCUCAGCUCCUGGCCAGCCUGGCCCACUUCUACCCGAGCCUCCGCAACGCGUGGAAGGUCCAGUGGCCCCGUGCCACACGGGCCUCGGUGGCGUGGAAGCGGAGGGUGCCUGCUGGGGCGCAGCUGCCUAUGCCGAAGGCUGCGGCGAUGGCCGUUUGCUUGCUGCUGGUGGAGGCGGGCGCCCCCUGGAUGGCCGUGUGGGUGGCCAUGUCGUUCGUGGCCUACCUUCGCCCCGGAGAGACCUUCCGCCUGGAGGGGGGGGGCCUCGUCCCACCGUCUCCUGCGGCGGGGAGCCAGUGCCGCGACUGGGGGCUGCCGCUGCGCGAGGUGGCAUCGCUGGUGCCGGGCAAGACUGGGCUGCGCGACGAGAGUGUGCUGAUCGACAUGGGCCCGUGGCUGAUCCCUGCGUUGGAGUAUCUGCGCGCGCGACGAUCACUGCCGAGAACAGCCUUUGGUCAUUCUCGGCCGCGGCCAUUCGACUAUAGUACAGUCAAUGCCUGA